AUGGAAUUCGUCGUCAAGCAAGAAGCGAGGUGACACAACAUGGAUUUUUGUUAUUCCGCUUCCGAAGGUAUGACGACGCUUUCUAUUCUUGGACUAGCGCCACACCGGGGGCACGCAAUAGCCGCAAAUGUACCUCCUCCGGUCCUUAUUCUGCAUGUCCGGAGUAGAUGGAUCGCUACAACUUACAAUUCCUCUCGUCUGUGCAAGCGACCAGUCCAGCCUUGUCGACAACUACUACCACACUCGUUUCACAUUUCACGACAUGGCAAAAGCCCGUCAGUACACUUUAAGUCAACGAUCCAUGUAAAUGCAACGAAAUAGGGCGCUUCAGUUAUCGAUCCUUUCCCAGCAUGACUACAACCAUGACACAAACUCCUGAGUCGCGGAUAAUCUCUCAACAUCGGUCGCUAUCGCCUCACGGUGGUGCAAGAGAGUCCACUUCUAGGGAAAGGUUCCCUUCCUUCGACGACAGCCCGCCCCCUUUUACCUUUCCCUCUGGCGCAAAUGUGAUCGCAGAGAGUCCUCUGGAACUCGCUCCAGGCCAACUUUCGAACCAGGAAACAAAAUGGAAUCCAAGAAAGAUGAGCCAACGGCUUCGCGACGCCAGGCCUAGCGCAGUAUACGGACAUAGACCCAAAAGAAGCGUCAGCGACGCAAUAAGCAAAAUUCGCGCACGUCAAGGAAGUGUUAGCGAAAAUGCACAAGAGCUGGCCGAAGCACUCAAAGCACCUGUGUCUUACAGACUCAUUGCACUUUGCAUUGUCUGGUACCUGACCUCGGCUCUGACAAACACAUCAUCAAAGUCGAUCCUCAAUGCGUUGCCAAAGCCAGCAACCCUGACUAUUGUGCAAUUUGCAUCUGUCUCAAUAUGGUGUCUGAUAUUGACGGGCAUGGCCUCCAUAUUUCCGUCCAUCAAAAGGGCUAUACCGGCUCUGAAGAACGGCCUUCGGAAACCAUCAUGGGAUGUUCUAUAUACUGCAUUUCCACUGUCCGUUUUUCAGCUCCUGGGUCACCUUCUGAGCUCGUAUGCAACCUCCAAGAUUCCCGUCUCUCUGGUCCAUACCAUCAAAGGCUUGUCACCAUUGUUUACAGUCGUCGCAUAUCGAGUCGUUUUCCGCAUCCGGUACAAACGUGCAACAUAUUUGUCAUUGGUACCACUUACUCUCGGCGUUAUGAUGGCCUGCUCUACCGAUUUCUCUAGCAACUUCUGGGGAAUCGGCGCAUCUUUGGUGGCCGCCCUUGUUUUUGUCACCCAAAACAUUUUUUCGAAGAAGCUAUUCACGGAAGCGACCCGCGCCGAAGCCGAUGGGCAGCAGCAUCUGUCUCGCAAGUUGGACAAGCUCAACCUGCUGUGUUAUUGCUCUGUUGGUGCGUUCCUGCUUUCGGCGCCUGUCUGGAUCUACACCGAAGGGUAUGAACUCAUCAACGAUCUGUGGAAGGAUGGUUCAGUCGACCUUACGAAAAAGGCCAGACUAGACCAUGGUGAGCUGACGAUGGAGUUCGUGUUCAACGGUCUUUUCCACUUUUUCCAAAACAUCAUGGCAUUCGUGCUGCUUUCAAUGCUAUCGCCAGUGUCCUACUCGGUGGCAUCAUUGAUCAAAAGAGUAUGGGUGAUUUUGGUUGCAGUGGUUUGGUUUCGCAGUUCGACCACCUCAUUACAGGCGGUAGGAAUAGCACUUACAUGUCUCGGUCUCUAUCUCUAUGAUCGAACCAGCAUGGAGGACGCGGCAGAACGGAGGACACGGGCUGAUCACUUCCGUCACAAUGCAGCCUUGCUACCCGUUACUGAGGUGCAGACACCUGGGCUACAGGAUGGCUAUCCUGUAAAAGGCGGCGACUAUCUGGGUGAUAUGUUUGACGCGCACCCUAAGAAGGAUGACAGCCGAGGACGGCCACUUGAAUCCAACUUGACGUCGACCUGGCUUAGGCCUGGGACCAAGCAAGAGAGCACUUGGGCAGCUGACAGCAAAGCUGAAAAAGCAUAAUGAAUGUAGCUCUUGUAAGAUAUAGCGGUGGUGUUUUGGAGUUGCCCGGACUCCGCACAAUUUGCGAACGGAAACUGGAAGCUUGUAACAGAUAUAACCAGCAUGUCACUUGCGCCGAACGAAACACUGCUCGAAAGUCGAGGCAUCAAGUCGCAAUAACAUAAUGAAAAUCAACAAAUUCCCAGUAUCUGAAUUCGUCUGUAGCGGCCGUUGGUAAGGAACAAAGGCAUCAUUGAAAGUCCGAAGGAAAUCCUAGUAAGCUCCAGCUACGGCGCAGGAUCUGAUCUCGGAUCAUGUUGCAGAGGAGAAAGAGAUGAGUGCUUGGAAAAGCACGGCCCUGGCUCCUACAAUAAAUCAUGUCCAGAAUG